CUUGCGACCCAGUGGGAGUGGAGCGGGGCCCCGGCUUGUUGUUGCCAGCUCUUUCCUCCUCCCCACGGUCCAGACAGCCAGGUUGACUUAGGCCGUCGGCCCUCGCGCCGAGACUUGCCUCUUAGUUAGUUCUGAGGAGCGCCUGGCCGACAUGAGUGAUGUAGAGGGGAACAACUUCGAGGGCAGAGAGUCUCGCUCUCAGUCAAAAUCUCCAACCGGUACUCCUGCUCGUGUAAAGUCGGAGAGCAGGUCAGGAUCUCGUAGUCCAUCAAGGGUUUCCAAACACUCUGAAUCCCAUUCUCGAUCAAGAUCAAAAUCCAGGUCAAGGUCAAGGAGGCAUUCUCAUAGACGAUACACUCGAUCCCGGUCUCACUCUCACAGGAGAAGAUCUCGAAGUAGAUCCUAUACACCAGAAUACCGGCGACGAAGGAGCCGAAGUCACUCUCCAAUGUCUAAUCGGAGAAGACAUACAGGCAGCAGGGCGAAUCCAGAUCCCAACACUUGUCUGGGAGUGUUUGGCCUCAGUUUGUACACAACAGAGAGAGAUCUUCGUGAAGUAUUUUCUCGAUAUGGACCAUUGAGUGGUGUCAACGUGGUUUAUGAUCAGCGUACUGGGAGAUCACGUGGAUUUGCUUUUGUGUAUUUUGAGAGAAUAGAUGACUCCAAGGAGGCCAUGGAAAGAGCAAAUGGAAUGGAGCUGGAUGGAAGAAGAAUUCGUGUGGAUUAUUCUAUCACCAAGAGAGCACAUACACCUACACCAGGCAUCUACAUGGGCAGACCAACUCAUAGUGGUGGUGGAGGUGGUGGUGGAGGUGGUGGUGGAGGCGGCGGUGGUGGCAGACGUCGAGAUUCUUACUACGAUAGAGGAUAUGAUCGAGGGUAUGACAGAUAUGAAGAUUAUGAUUAUCGGUACAGAAGAAGAUCACCUUCUCCUUAUUAUAGUCGAUACAGAUCCCGAUCAAGAUCUCGUUCUUACAGCCCAAGACGCUAUUGAUCAUGGAACGAUUGCAAUUAAGGAUGUUAUUCUCUUUUCUUUUUCUCUGUUUUUUGUUAUUUGUUUUGCUUUUCUUUUUAAUCCUGGGUUUCCUCUAGCUUCUAAUCUUUCCUAAUCCUUAAAAAAAAUUUCUUGGUUUACUGGCAUCUACAUACACUUUGUCAGUUGUGUUGUCCACCACUUCUGUUAUACUCUUAAAAAUGUAAUUGUCAUUUUGAAUAGUUCAAACAUCUU